AUGCUCUCUCGACUAUCGUCCCGCUCGUUCGGAACCACCGCCGCCUGUCAAAGAACCACUUCGGUGUUCCGCGACAAACGUGAAGUGGCAUUCCCAGUUCACGGCCGCAGCCCAAAGGUUGUCUCGUUGGCACAGGCGGUUCAAGACAUUAAGAGCGGCGACAAUGUGUUCGUUCAUGGAAUCGCCGCCACCCCAACGCCAUUAUUGAAGAGCCUUUCGGAGCACGCCGUCGCCAACAAUUUGAAGGGAAUCAAAUUGCACCAUUUGCAUUUGGAGGGCGACACACCAUGGACUGCGCCGGAUGUCAAAGAUCGCAUUCGCUCGAACUCGCUGUUCACUGGACACAAUCUACGUGCCGCGGUGAAUAAUGGAAUCGCUGACUUCAACUCGUGCUUCCUUUACGAGGUUCCAUUGCUUUUCCGCAAAGGCGCGAUUCCAUUGAACGCCUCGCUCAUUCAUGUCUCGCCGCCAGACGCCAACGGAUUCUGCUCGUUGGGAACGUCGGUUGACACGGCGCGAGCGGCCGUCUGCAAUUCGGACAUCAUCAUUGCGAUGACCAACAAGAACAUGCCGCGAACACUUGGCGAUAGUGUGAUUCAUGUCUCGCACAUCGAUUAUAUUGUGAAUGAGGCUGACGGAUUCACACUUCAUCAGAGGAGCAUUGGCAAACAGAACGAGCAGGAGCAGAAGAUUGGAAAAAUCAUCGCCGAGAAUCUCGUCGACAACGGCGCGACACUUCAGAUGGGAAUCGGCGCGGUUCCCGACGCGGCUCUGUCGGCUCUCUCGAAUCACAAAGAUCUAGGAAUUCACACGGAAAUGUUCUCCGAUGGUGUUCUCGAUCUCAUCGACAAGAACGUCAUCACCAACGCCAAAAAGACGUUACAUCCCGGCAGAUUGGUGGUGUCGUUCGUUUACGGUUCGACGCGAUUGUACAAUUAUUUGCACGACAAUCCGCUCAUCGAGUUUGGCGACGUCAACUGGGUCAACGAUCCGGCGGUGGUGCGAAAGAACCCGAAAGUGACGGCGAUCAAUUCGGCGGUCGAGAUCGAUCUCACUGGACAAGUCGUCUCGGACUCUGUCGGAAAACGAUUCCUUUCUGGAUUCGGUGGACAGGUCGACUUCAUCCGUGGCGCUGGCAUCGGCGACGACGGCCUUGGAAAGCCGAUCAUUGCGCUUCCGUCGAUCUCGAAGAAGGGUCAAAGCAAAAUUGUGCCAACCAUCAAUGAGGGAGCUGGUGUAGUGACAACUCGCGCUCACGUUCACUACGUUGUCACCGAGUACGGAAUCGCUCAACUCUGGGGAAAGAACAUGCGUCAACGCGCCUAUGAGCUCAUCAAGAUCGCCCAUCCAAGCCAGAGAGAAUCCCUUGAGAAGGCGGCCUUCGAACGACUGAAGGUUAUGCCAUCUGCCGAUUAA